AUGGGAAGAUUCGUUCUGCUCGGAGCCCUUGCUGGCCUCUACCUUGGCGCAGAGUCCAAGGCUUUGAGAUGGCAGGACGACACCCCAAGCUGGUCCCCUCCCAAGGAGACCAUCGCCGCCAUGGACAUGAUGGAACUCGGCCUCAGUCCGGUACCGACGGCGGCGCCUGACCCGGCCAGCGUCGAGCUCAAGCUGGCCAAACGUGUCAGGGGCGACGAUACUUGUGGUUACAUUUCCGGAAUAUCCACCGACUCCAUCUACUGCGGCGUCGGCUCCUGCGUGAUCAACAGCUUCUACUCCGUCGUAGGCUGCUGUGCUUCUUCAUCAAUGUCGGACUGCAAGAUCGCAACCGCAUGUCUGCCCUCGAGCUCGUCGAGGUUUUACACCAGCAGCGACACUCUCAUGCGUUACUGCUCCUCCUCCGCGCAGCCAGAGUGCAUCACUUACGUCUACUCCGAUGCCAUCUUCUCAAAAUAUACUUUGUAUGAUUGUGCCACCAGCGAGAAGCGCGUUAUAGUCUAUGCAAACCCCACUGAUAGCGCGGCCGCGAAUCCGAGGACAACGGCCCCUGUCAUUGACGAGUCCUCCGUCGUGCCGAGCCCGGUGAGCAGCACCGCCACCCCGGGCCCCAUCACAACUACCGCCGCCCCGGCCCCGGGUGGCGGCGGCGGCUCUUCCACGCCCGUCGGCGCCAUCGUGGGCGGCGUCGUCGGUGGCGUAGCCGCCAUCGCCCUCAUCGUCUUCGGCAUCAUCUUCCUCCUCCGCAAGAAGAAGAAGGACGACCCCAACAACAACCUCAACGGCCAAGCACAUCCCGUCAUGUACAACCCGCAGCAACCCCAACUCGGCCACCAGCAGCAGCAGCAGCCGCCACCGCCACAGAUGUACCAGACCACGAACACGCAGCAGUCGUCCCCCGGAUACGCCCCCAACGGCGCCGGCAACUUCCCGUCCGGGUUCACCCCGGUGCCCGACAAUAGGCAGAGCAUGCUCAAGCAGCCGUACGACGUCACCGCGGCAGGCUACGACCACAACGGCCACAGCCCGAGCCCGCCCGCCAGCCCGCCGCCCAUGAGCCCCUCGCCCACGUACCAGUCCGGCGUCCCGUCGUAUACGCCGUCGUCGCUGGGGAACGGCGGUCCUAGCCCGACGCAAGCCGGAUAUCCCACGCCUCAGCAGCAGCAGCAGCAGCAGCAGCCGCCGCAGCAGGGCUACUACGCGCCGCCCGCCCAGACCCAGCAUCAGCAGACCACCAAGACGACUCACCACGGUCACCAGAGCUUCGCGUCGGAGUUGCCUGCCACGAGGGGUGAUGGUGAGCUGCGUGAGUUGGCCUGA